GGACCUACGCUUUAACAAAAUCAGGGAAAUCCCUCCCGGCACCUUCAAAGGUCACCGCAAUCUAGUGUCGCUACUGCUGAACAACAAUCUCCUAACCUCUCUGAAAAAUGGAGCCUUCGAAGGGCUGUUCCACUUGCAGCACCUCUAUCUCUACAAGAACAGAAUCAAGUACAUCGAACCCAACGUUUUCCAGGGGCUUAAGAAGCUAGAGAGACUAUAUCUGCAUAGCAACGAACUGAAAGAGUUUCAUGCUGGCACUUUCUCCAACUUGCCUUCACUGGAUAGGCUCAACCUCUACAACAACCACCUGACUCGUAUCCCCCAUGGCGCCUUCGAGAACCUUCCCAAACUAACGAGGCUGCGACUGGACCACAACGCCUUGAUAUGCGAUUGUCAGAUCGCAUGGUUGGCCAAGAUGCUGACGGACAACUCCUUGCAGGGAUCGGCCAACUGCAAAUACCCCUCGGAAAUGUACGGGAAGUCCCUCGUCGGGAUGGAGACGAGAGAUUUUCACUGCGCUCCCCCCGAGAUCCGAGAAGGCCCGCACGACGUAGAGGUUUCCUGGGGUGGAACAGCUAUAUUUACGUGCAAGGUUCAGGAUGACCCGUUAAUAUCCAUCGUUUGGAUGAGGGACGAAAAAGAACUCUUCCCGGACGAGAAGAAGUACAAAAUUUUGGAUAACGGGUCGCUGAUGAUCCAGAACACCGUUGAAAACGAUGGGGGCUACUAUGAGUGCAUGGUGAAAAGUCCCGAAGGCCAAGUCAAAUCCAGGCCGGCGAGAAUGGUUGUUCGUCAGCCCGAAUACAGCACUCAAGGAUAUGGUGCUCCAAGGUUCACUGUGGUUCCGGAGAGUAUAUCUGUGGCUCCCGGGGCUCCCGAGGUAACACUUCGUUGCAACGCAGUCGGCGUACCUCUACCUACGAUCGAAUGGGCCAAAAACGGUAUAAGACUUCCUAAUUCCUACAAGAACGCCUACCAGCCGGACGGAUCCUUGACCAUUAGAGAAGUGGAUCCCACUGACCAUGGGAAUUAUCAGUGCGAGGCUUCUAACGUAAACGGGCGGGUCAUAGCCGAUGCAAAUGUGAUAAUUAAAGCUGCGCCAAUAUUCACCGUCCAACCGGAAAAUGCAGACACUCAAAUAGGAGGCGUCAUAAAGCUGGAGUGCGUGGCUUCAGGUACUCCGGGUCCAGAGAUCGCUUGGUUCAAAAACGACGAAGAACUCCAGCCCCAGGGAAGAAUCCACAUCACGGAAGACGGCAGCGUCUUGGAGAUCAGAGACGCCAAAGAGUCCGACUCGGCCCUCUACAUCUGCGAGGCAAGCAACGAAAUGGGCAUACGCGAAGUCAGCGCCAAGGUGAAGGUCUCCAACUUAGCCUUCCGGCCGCCCAAGCUGAUUUUCAAGCCUUACAACAUCGAAGCGUUGAUAGGCAGCACCAUCGAGCUGCCUUGCAAGGCCGAGGGCGAUCCCGCGCCCGGCAUCACCUGGCAGAAAGACGGCGCUACCAUGCAACGAACUGGCAGAUUCAAGGUGUCUCUAUCGGGUAACCUGCACAUCUACAAGGUGGCGACCGAAGAUCAGGGUCGCUACGAAUGUACCGCUAUCAACGAUCACGGUCGAGACUCCGCCACGGGUUAUGUCACGGUGAAGGAAGCCCCGGACCCGGUAGGCGUGGGGAUCGGCGAUCAAUUCGUGAAGAUAGCUUUCGCCGAGGCGUCCGAAGAAGUAGACAGAGCGAUAAACAAAACAGUCGACAAUCUGAUAAAUAACAAGGGUUCGCAUAAUCCUGCGGACCUCUUCAGGAUUAUAAGGUACCCCGACGCGCCGGCGAGGGAGCUGGCGAGAGCCGCGGAAAUUUACGAACGGACGUUGGUGAACAUCAGGAAGCACGUCCAGCGCGGCCGGAUAGUGAUGAACGCCACUUCCGAUUUCAACUACAAGGAGAUUCUGUCCCCCGAUCAUUUGAAGCUCAUCGCCAGGCUAUCAGGUUGUAUGACGCACCGCUUGACUCGCAACUGCUCCGACAUGUGCUUCCACUCCAAGUACCGCUCCAUCGACGGUACUUGCAACAACCUGCAGAAUCCGACCUGGGGCGCCUCCUUGACGAGCUUCCGGCGCAUCUUGAAGCCGAUAUACGAAGACGGCUUCGCUAAACCGAUCGGGUGGGACAAAGAAAGGAAAUAUUUCGGUUACCCGAAACCCUCCUCGAGAUUAGUCUCGACCACCCUCAUCGCCACCUCAAAAAUAACCCCCGAUCCGGAAAUAACCCACAUGGUGAUGCAGUGGGGUCAGUUCCUCGACCACGACUUGGAUCACGCCAUCCCGUCGGUCAGCUCGGAAAGCUGGGACGGCAUAGACUGUAAGAAGUCCUGCGAUUACGCCGCCCCGUGUUAUCCCAUGGACGUACCCCCGGGAGAUCCCAGGAUCACCAAUAGGAGGUGCAUCGACUUCAUCCGCUCGUCCUCCAUCUGCGGCUCUGGGAUGACCUCCGUUUUCUUCGAUACCAUACAGCCGAGGGAACAGAUAAACCAGUUGACUUCGUUCAUCGACGCGUCGCAAGUCUACGGCUUCUCCGAAGAGCUGGCGAAGGACCUCAGAGACUUGAACACCGACGGCGGUCGACUGCGCGAAGGUGUCGUCUUCCCCGGACGCAAACCGUUGCUCCCGUACGCGGGAAAUCAGGGCAUCGAUUGCAGACGGAACUUGACCGAGAGCACCGUGAACUGUUUCGUAGCUGGGGACAUCCGCGUCAACGAACAGGUAGGUUUGAUCGCCAUGCACACGCUUUGGAUGCGGGAGCACAAUCGGGUAGCGAGAGAACUGAACCACUUGAACCCGCACUGGGAUUCCGACACGUUAUAUCACGAAGCGAGGAAGAUAGUAGGCAGCGCCGUGCAACACAUCACCUACAAACACUGGUUACCGUACGUCCUAGGCGAGAAGGGCAUGGAACGACUGGGUCGGUACGAGGGGUACAACCCAGCCUUAAACCCGAGCAUCUCCAACGUCUUCGCCACCGCAGCGUUACGUUUCGGUCACACCCUCAUCAACCCCGAGCUGCACAGGCUCGACUGGAACUUCAAGCCGAUCAGGGAAGGUCACCUGCCCUUGUCCAAGGCGUUCUUCUCGCCCUGGAGGGUAGUGGAGGAGGGCGGGAUAGAUCCCCUGUUGCGGGGCCUGUUCACUAUAGCAGCCAAGAUAAAGCGACCCGACGAGAACUUGAACACCGAACUGACGGAGCAGCUGUUCAAAACGGCUCACGCCGUCGCGUUGGAUCUGGCCGCCAUGAACAUCCACAGGUCCCGCGAUCACGCCAUACCUGGUUACGUGGAAUUCCGCAAGUUCUGCAACAUGUCGCAAGCGGACAGCUUCGAGGAUCUGCGCCACGAAAUCAGCGACGCCAACGUCAGGAGGAAGUUGCAGAAGUUGUACGGCCACCCGGGCAACAUCGACGUGUUCGUGGGAGGGAUAUUGGAGGACCAGAUCGACGGGGGUAAGAUCGGGCCACUCUUCCAGUGCCUGCUCGUAGAACAGUUCAGGAGGUUACGUGACGGCGACAGGUUCUUCUACGAGAGCCCGUCGGUGUUCAAGCCGGAGCAGCUCGUGCAGAUCAAACAGUACUCCCUGGCUAGGGUGCUUUGCGAUAACGGCGAUAAUAUCACGAGGAUAACUAGAAACGUUUUCGAGCUGCCGGAGCUGCAAGGCGGGUAUUCGGACUGUUCGGUAGUACCCAAGGUGGACUUGAAGUUGUGGUCGGAAUGUUGUAGCGAUUGCAGGUAUACCGGGCAAUUGAACACGAUCAGCCGGCUGAACGCCAGAAGGAACCGGAGGAACAUCGUCGACGAAAGCGAAGGUUUUACUUCGAGAAGGGACCCGUUGAUCUCGAACGCGACCGCCGUGGAUUACCAGAAAGAAAUGCACAGGAUGAAGACUCACAUGGUGAAACUGGAGAAGGAGAUGAAGGUAUUGAGGGCUAAUUUGAAGGAUAUGGUGGGGUAUAUUAAACGACUGGAAGAAGAUAAUGAGCUUUAAAAGUACCUCUUUAUUUUAAUUCUGAUAUCACAGAAACUGCCAUAUUACUUUACUUACCGCUACGACGCAUUUAUUUUAAUUUUAAGAACAUUGUUUUAAAUGUAUUUAAUAAAGUCGUCAAUAAUUACUGUUUUUUAUAUAAUAAUAAUAGUUAAACAACCAAUCAGACUUAGGAAGGAAACUACUAGAUAGUGACCACAGUGUGAAAAUCGUAUGAUUGCUCGUUGCGGGCUUAAUUUCGUUCCGUCUGCGAUGACGUCGCCUGAGACCAGCACAAACUUCAAUUUCGUCAGUCUUUCUCUCAAGUGACGUCACCAAAUGCACGUAAGCAUACCGUAAUAUUGUCACACUACGAUAGCGAUCUUCCAUUCCUUAUCACUCUUGAUUUGAUCAUAGUAUAAAUAAAGAUGACAGGUUUUAUAGUAGAGUCGCCAUCUAGUAUUUUCAUGCUUAAGUUUGACUAAUUGUUUAACUAGUAAAAAUUUUCUUGAGCUACGCAAAAGUUUGUGAAACAUAUCUCAUUUUAAGUUGAUUAUAUUUUUUUAUUUGUAAAUGUAGUCUUUUUUAACAAAUCAGUGUUUUACUUAUUUUAUAUUUGUAUAGUCUAAAUUUUCUCUGAAAAAUUAUUUUAUAAUUUUAACUAACUAAAACUAUGUGUACGUAAUUUAGGUAUAUUGUGCUUUUUGUAGAUAUUAAAGUUAAUACCCCAAUGUAAUAAUGACAUUUACAAUUUAGAUGCUGAAUUAAAUACUUUUAACCUUAGAUUUUCAGUCAUAUAAAAUAUAAUAAAUGUGAUAUUUCGGCAAAAAUAAGGUGUGCCAUGUUCUGUUCAAUAUAUAUAGUAGUAAUUUGAUAACAAACAUGCUAUUACUUAGUGUAUAUUAUAUAUUUAUUAGAAUAAAUAUUGUUUUAUUAAUUCUUA